AUGGACAUUACCGGAAACGCUUUUGUCGUUGGCGGAGGGGGCGGGAUCGGCAAGGCCUGCGCGCUGGCUUUUGCCAAAGAAGGCGCUGCUGCAGUCGUGGUUGCAGACCUUGAUGCAAAGAAGGCAGUCGAGGUUGCCGCCGAGUGCCAGGCGUUGGCGCCUUCGGCUGAGUUUCGUGCCAUUGGGGUAAAGAUCGACAUCACGCAGGAGGACUCGGUCAAGACUGCAACCGAGAAGGUGGUACAGGUAUUUGGUCGCAUCGAUUAUUGCGUGAACUGCGCCGGGAUUGGGGUUCAACAAGGGACCGACAUUGCAACGUUGUCAUUGGCUGAUUUUAGGCGCUUCCUCGACGUCAAUACGACCGGCAUGUUCCUGGUGACUAGAGAAGCAUCUGUAGCAAUGCGUGCUCAGGAGUCCAGACUCGUCUCAUCCGAGUCGCCCAAACGAGGAACCACACGCGGCGCGAUUGUUAAUCUCGCCUCGGUCAUGUCUGUCGUUGCGGCGCCCGAAGUCAUCCCCUAUACAGCGUCCAAGCAUGCAGUUCUGGGUCUGACAAAGAAUGCAGCCCUGGAUAAUGUGUCGCAUGGUAUCCGGGUAAAUUGCGUCUGCCCUUCGUGGGUCGACACCCCCAUGGUACAACAGGCAGAGGAGGGUGUCCAGGGUCUUACAGAGUUUAUCCAAUCUGUAGUGCCCAUGGGACGGAUCGCUACCCCAGAAGAAAUUGCUGACACUGUCAUCUUCUUGGCCAGCCCCAGAUCUAGUUAUGUGACUGGUUGUGGUUUCAUCGUGGACGGCGGCACCACGCUAACUGCCAUGAGGUAG